AGCCAAAGCCAAAGGAAUCCAAUUCCCAUCCUUAGUCUUGGCCCCAGGAAGAAGCUGCCAAUCGAAACGCUGCACAGCAACAAAAUCAAUUAAACUACCAACUCAACUCAAGAAACAGCAACAACAAAUCUGCCAAUAGCCAAUUAUCGAGCAGGAAAUCCUCCCAAGAAAAAAAGAAAAACUCAAGAUGUUUUCCAUGUGCAGCAAGGUAAAGUCGCGAAGUGCGGAUAUGGAUGCGGAUAGUUCGUUUAUGCAGCAAUCCCAGCAGAUGCACUUGCAACAGCCCCAGGCGAUGGGAACUGGCGGGAAACAAAUCAAAGGCGGCUACCUAUUGCGCUACAAAAAGCAAAUGUUUUGGAACCGCUGGGCUGAGGAGUGGGUAGUCCUGUACGACGACUCGACCAUGGCCUGGUUUACGGAGCCAGGACGGUCUUCACCAUCUGGCAAGAUCCUGGUUAAGGAGGCGCCCGAGAUGCUGGCCAUCGCCCACUGGACCGGCCAGAUUCCGCGUCGCCCUCCACUCCCGGCCGGAGUUAGUGUCUCCCAGCUGAUUGCCCUCGGAUCGCAGCGAAAGCGCUCGAAAGUCUACUGGAUGCUGGCCAAGUCCGAGCAGGAGGUGGGCGAUUGGAUCGAUGCGAUUACCAAGACCCUCCCGCCGCCCCCUCAAAUCGAGCUGGUGGUGGACAAGCCGCAUCUGAUGAACGUGCUCCGGCGCCCGCUAGUGCGCAUUAGACCUGCCACCCAGUCGGAGGUGAAGCAACGCAAGGUGUCGCAUCACGGCAGUGGAGCGAGCAGCAGCAAAAGUCACCGAUGCGGUAACGGCUCCGGAACUUCGUCGGCGGUGAGCACACGUCUGUACCGCCAGGUCCAGAAUCCUUUGGUGAAGAGCGACGCAGCGGUGGCCAUUCUCAGCAAGAAACCCGACUCGAAGGCAUCCUUGGCUUGCGCCCUGCCUUGGGGUCACGGAUGGGGAUGGGCCACCCUGCCCAACGGGGUCUGGAGCGGAGGCCUGACAUGGUCACAGUGCGAGGACACCUUCACCCUGCACGCCCUGCCCACCACCCACUGCACCAACCUGAUCGACACCUCGUGCUCCGGAGCGGUCUACCACACGGACAUCGGCGGCUUUGACUUCCACUCCUCCGGCGUGGACGACAUCGGAGGCGAGGAUUUUGACUAUGCCAUGGACUGUGGCGACUUCAUAUUUUAAACGUACCCCGUAUUCGGCCAGCCAAACAUCCACCCACCCGAGGGACAGGAGCCAGGGAUCCUGGGCUCUUGCCCCGCAAAAUUUUGUCUUCGAUUGAAAGUGUAAAGUUAGGAAUUAGAGUGUUUCCAAGGACUUACAUAGAUAGUAUUUAGCUGUGCUUACGUUUACCCUCUGAGUGUUAGGUGUUGCAAUAAGUUCGGACUAGGGCGGGGACAUGCCGCGGGGGGCUGGCUGAAGAAGGACAAACAGUCACGUUGCGUAUACGCCCCAUUAGCACCGACAUGUCCGUGUCCCGGGCCGGUUAACUAUCUCGCUGUUCAUGUUUUCGUGUUUAACUUUGUGUGCAGCACUAAUUGCAUUAAGCAGUUAAACAGCAACCCGCGUAGUGCGUUCUAGAAUAACUAUGAUAGCAACAGGCCCGUGAUUAUCCUGUCCACGAACAGUUGCGGUCAAAGGAUUACGUAAGCCCAGUUCUCUGGGGACUAGCUUUGAGGACUCUUGGAAAUUCAUAUUCAAAUAUUUUUCUCCCUCAUUUAUUAAUUUAUGAAUAUUAAUUUAUUUCUUCUAUCUCCAUGACAUUGAAAUGAAUUUCAUUUAAGUGCCACCUUCGUUUUGACCGCAACUGUGGUCGUCUGACAUCCCUGCGGCCGAUAGAUACAUAUGU